AUCUUGAUAUGAACCACCCAAAAACCGAUCCAGCACAGAAACAAUGUCAGUUUGUAAAGACAUAAAUGACGAUUACAAACAAACUAUAACGCACAAACAUAAAAGACGGUUAAUUAUUUAGAUGUCUCAUGUACAGUUUGGUCAUGCUAUCUAAAUAUUUCAACGACAAGACAAUCAACUCGGCAAAACUUCCAUUAAUGUAACAACCCUGUGAAGCCUUAUAGAAGACUUCUUUCCACAAUUAAUUGAAAGAAACUAAUAUUUUUUUCCCAAUAGGCCAACUUUGGAAGGCUCUUCAAAACUUGGUUUUCCCUGACUUCGAAUCUUGCUAAGAAUUUCCGUCAUGCUUAUAUUUUCCAUUUCUUUUUCCUUGUUUUUUUUUUUUUUUUUUUCCAUACCGUUGGCCUCUUCUUUGAAAGGAAAAUGUUCCAGCGGACCAGCAUUCAAGAAGGAACUGUCUAAGAAAAUUUGUUUAAGUCGAGUUCCUGUUGUUUAAAUACUAGGCUACUCGAGUACUUCUGUUCGUGAUGAUCUGCCCUUGAAGUACAUUGUUUUACAGUGUAGAUAACCGCCCCGCACUACUGCAAAUACGAGAGAGAGAGAGAGAGAGCAUACAAAAUGCUUCCGACAUCAAGUUAAUGUAUUUCAUUGUCGUUUGUUCCAUGAAACUAAAUCUAACACGAUUUCCGUUACUUCGUUUCAGAAUGAACAUAGGUUAAAACCAUAGAUAUAGUCCCCUCUAUAUCUAUGGUUAAAACUAAAAGCUGGCACGAAAACCCACAAUACCCUACGCAUAUCCGACGGAAAUUAAAGUAAUAAACAACGCGAGAAUCAAGGAAUAAAACUUAAUAAACAAAGCAUGAAUCAAGGAAUAAAACAAGUCCAUAUAUAAAGAGGAACUUGAAAUCAAAAGUGUUAACUCUCUCCAACACUAUCCGUUAACCAUUGUUCCACUUAUAGGAGUUAGGAUGAGUAUGAGAAGCAGAAGAUGGACCGCCGGCGGACUUGCACAGGUUUCUUGUGCUACUCCUCGCCGCAUCUGGUUCAGUAACCGUUUGGUCAAUGCAACAGAAGUUAGACAGGCGUUGGAAUGGUAAAACAGUACGUUCAAUGAGUGAAGCGAAACAGACGUUGUACGUUAACACUGCUUUUUCUCUAUAGAUUCGCGUGUUAUAAAUAAACUCGAGUGUUAUAUACGUGUAUGUGCUAUGGUUUGUAGGUCAUUAUGAUACUUUGCUGUUAAAAUCGACUAAAACUGACUGUCAAAAAGCGAGUCAUUAAAAAAAUUGUUAUUAUCUAAAGUAAAUCAAUAUGAACGUGAGAACGAUUAUAUAAAUAGUGUAAGGGAAAAAAUGUUAUCCGGUUCCUCAACCAAGAUGAACACUGAAAGGCAACGGUUACAGCGAGUGAGAUAACUUAUCUAAAACUUAAGUUUUGUUCAAUAUGGUGAUCAUGACUAAAUUCAAGAAUUUUUUACCUGUGAUUCUGUGCGCUGGGUGUUUAUGUGAGUGUGUUAUGCUUGGAAGAUUUGAUAAUAAUGAUAGCAUAAAAAGGCUUGCUACUUUUCAAGACAAGACAGCAACCACCAUUCGUUCAAAGUCGUUAGACAAACUCGCUGAAGCUGUGAAUUUUAGUGAUGUUAGGCAACUGCUGACGGAGGAAAACGAACAUGUUGACAGCUACGAAUCUAGCAAAUUAUUCAGCCCACCAGAGAGUUUGACGGGAAAGAACAAUGAGCCUAGUAAACUAUUUAGUCAAUCUAAAGGCUUAUCACGAGAAAGCAAAGUAACCCGGAGGUCUCCAAAAACGAUAAUACAUUCGAAGAAUGAGAUAUUAAGUUCGUAUCUGAGAGCCAUCAAUCUGCCUCAGUACGAGCCUGAGCAACUGUACAAGCAGGUCAAAUACCUGCACGACACCUUGCAAAACCAUCCCUUAUACUACAGCCUCCUGUCACACGACACGCUUCAAACGCUGGUUGAGGAAGUCUCUGUCCUCUCAGACAACAUCAUAAACUUGUUUAAUAACACUUAUACUGAAACACUAGAUGCUCAAAUUCCACCAGAGGGAAUGGAGGAAACUUUGCUCAUGCAUGGUACUUCAUCGGCAGCUCCUAUGGGCCCGCAGGGAAGGCCACGCCCUUCCCUUUAUUAUGCCAAGGAUCCACCAAUGUCGCCUGGCUCAUCAUCUUUGCAAACUGAUAAGGUUGAUGAAGUCUCCUUGAAUACUAAUUCGUCUAGGCCUAUCCUUAGCACAAAUCUUUUCAGUGCGAUUUAUACGUUACAUAACCAGAUAAGCGUGGCUGAGCCUUUGGUACACAAAGCAGGUGCAAUACUUCAAGACAUGCUCACAGAAAAAAAUAUUGAUGAGGAUACAGCCAUUAACCUUCUUCCUACACUUCUGCCCAUGGUACUACAUGAGGGAGAUGCCUCGUCUUUACCAUCAACAUCAUUAUCAACACCACCACAGCCACCCUCCUCAUCCUCGUUAACACUAUCACCAGCAUCACCCUCAUCGGAACAAUCACACAUUUCAAGCGUGAGUAAUACAGAAAAACAAACACAUCAGUCAAUAAGCACUUCAGCUGUUGAUUUUAUUUCAUCUUCAAACAAGUCUGUACACUCGUCCUCCUCCGCUCUUACUUCGACCUUACAGAUGACAGAGCUUCUCUCACUUAACCAGUCCAAAAAUUUACAAAAUUCAACACUUAUGCAAUCAUCAACAUCUACUAUUCUUCCUGCAUCAGCUUUUCACUCAGAUGCAAUUGCUUUAGAAACUGUUCUUCAUAAUACCACAUCAACAGUUACAGUAACACAUUAUUUAACCACAACCACUUCCAAAUAUACAUCCAGUUUGUCAAACAAUUACCCCAUUACAUUAAUCAAUAUGGCUGUACCUACAAGUUCUGCACCAUCAUAUUCUCCCCAAGUUACAAGCAGUGAGCUUAAUAGCUUACAUCCCGAUAAUCUCACAGAGAAUUAUGCAAACCUCUCACAUGAUGCAGACUUAACAGGAAAUUUCAUCAGUCAAAUGCUAACAUCCUGGACAACUUCAUCUGGAAAUCUUGAUGAGAACACUGAGGAUUCUCCUCACAACAACAAUAGCCUACCGAGCAGUUACAUCACUGUUUAUGAACAGCAGUUAACCACUGAGAACACCUCAACAGUUCCAGAUUUUCUUGAAACAACUGAUGAAAAUGUCAGCACUUUACUUAACAAUAUUUCUCCAACUUCAGCUGGAAAUAUCAGCCUGCCUAUCGACCACGUCGGCGACCAUGUCAAUCAAGACCAUCCAGUGAAGUAUUCAGAGACUACGCAGAUUACCCCUAGCAUCCAUUUAAUCAGCAGCAGCAUAAGAAGAGAUCCAUCUGACAACAAAGACAUCCAGAAUCAAGAAGUUGCUGUCCCUCUUUCAGACACAAAAAUGCUAGUAAGGAGCACAACCUUUUCUGGAGGGUCUGAACCUCAGGAAUUUACAACAAUGACAGCAAUGUAUGGGAAGCCCCCCAUAACACAAGUUGUUUUAAAAUUACCAGUCAACAGUACAAACAUGAAACACACCAUAGCAGCUGAACCCAACAUGACACUGCCGCACAAAGGUAGCUAUGAAAGCAUGUUUCCUGAUAUAAUUUCCCAACUUGUAGCAACAACACCGUUGAUGACUGAUGCUGAUGAAAGCGUUCUUACUUUGCCUUCUAAAUCCUUUUCAUCUAUUAGUACACCAUCACUAUUGACAAAAGUAAAACCAGAUGUCCAAAAUUCCCAAGUAAAUACCUUUAAUGUUGAAACUCCAGUCAUAUCUACCUCUAACUCAUAUGUACCCACGAACAGUCUAGCUUUCACCUCAGAAGAGGAUUUGCUUUCAUCACUACCGACAGGAUCAGUUCAUGAUAAAAUGCACAUUUCCUUCACUGAAACUGAAAAAUCACCAGUUGCAAGUUCCAUAGCUAUACAAGAACUGGAAAAUUAUGAAAAAAUAACUUCCACCAAAAAGAAUGAUUCAUAUAUUUUACCAGUAAAACUUCUCCCUACUCAUAGUUUUUCCUCAAUCAACAAAAUCUACGAUUCUCCGACAAAAAAUUUCAACACUGUGCAUACUGAACCUAAGCCGCCUCAGGGUCAAUUCCAGCAUACAACAAAUACAGCCCAGAUCCUAACAGUUUUUCAUGACAAACCCACUGACAAUCAUUCUUUCAAAGCUGCAUCCACAGUCACAACAAAUAUUGUUACAUUAUCGCUUCCUGUUCACUUUAUUAUUAUUUCAACAGUCAUUCUUCACCCUGCCACUAGACUCACGGCUCCGUUGGCAGCUUUUUCUUACCAUUCUCUGCAGGGAUCUGUUAUUACAGCAACCCAAGUACCAACUGUUGUUGAGACGCAAUUCACAACUGACAUGACACAGAAUCCUUUCAACACCAGUUUUUUGCAUGGAAGUUUUGCUGAACCACAGAUCAUUUUAAAUAAAACAAAAAAUGUUUGGACUGCAGAGCUUUCGUACACUGCCUCAACCAAAAUACCAAUCACUGCAAGCGAGGCACAAAACUUUUCUGUCACUGAGUUUUUGGCAACUAAAUUCCUCACACCACAGACUAUAUCAGAUUUGAUUCAAAAGGCAAUCGAGGUCAAGUCCCCAGAUACUGAUGGAGACGUGCUCACACAUAAAGCACAAAGCCUUUUUGUUGAUGCAUCCCCAACCACCAGUUUUUCUGUAGUACAUUACUCGUCAAAACAGACAACAAAUAAGCUUACUACUGUUCACCCAGUAACAAAAUUUGUUGGCCAGCAUUUCACUCUAUGUACAUCACUUAUUACAGGAAAUCCAGCUCUACACAUAACAUCCCACUUUCUGCAUGACUCAGAAAUAACCAAAGAUCAGUACCUUACCAUCAUUACACAUUCUGUCACGAAAACGACCACAGUAACACAAUAUGCCGCACAAACGUCUUCAUACAUAAAUAAUGAAUACUUCCUUCAGGAGAGCAAUGUUUCGCCGAUAUACCUAGACAAUAAUGACAAUAAAGUUCAGAUUUCACUUACUGGGAAUAUAAAACAAACGCCACUAAUUCUGAGCUCCCACAAAAACAAUUUUAUACAAAAUCAGUGGAUAAAUUUUCAAGAACUUUGGCAUUCACCAUCAUUAAAAAAUUCAUCAGAACAAAACUCUGAGAAUGUGAACAUUUCAGCUGAGGUUCCAUAUAGUCUUGAAAAUAACAGCAGUGUUUAUUCAACAAAAAAUAACCUAAGCAUACCAUCAACAAAUUAUUAUUCACCUUCACUGCAUUCAUCAUCAUUCCAUGGUCCCUCAAAACAAAGUACUGAAAGCACAAACAAACCAGCAAAAGAUCAGAAGUUACCUGUCAACAGUAUAAGAGACAAUAUUUCUUUAAGUGACCAGACUAUACCAUCUAACAACCCAGAAUUAACUUCUUGGAAUAUACACAAAAUUCAAAUUUCCACAAUGCUAAAUGACAGCAUCUCUAAUCCCCUGGCAACUCAAUAUAUUCCCAUAAAUUACGAAGAUGGGGUUCGCUUGGUAACUGAUCAAAAACCAGUGUCAAACGCAACAGCAGUUUCAUCUUCAACCCAACGCUCACCAGCUUCAUUGUCUUCACACGUUAAUGGCUAUAGUAAAGUAUCAUUUGACACAGUUAAUGUUCAAGAUUUAUCUACAAGCACGCACCAAGCAUCUUUCCAAAAUAACAUUUCUUUCCAAGAGGCUCAAAAUUCUUCCUCCCAAAAUCGCAACCAUUCAAGUAAGCCAGAAAAAGAAUUACUGAAAGCUGCUUCACCACCGUUAGGUAUUACUGAAACAGCACCUGAUUUACUAAAUAAAUAUCAAUAUGCACCACCAAACAUCAAAUCCUCCAACGAAAAUAUUACAGUAAAUUCAAGUUCACAUUCCUAUUUUCACCAAACUGACUUUAAUCACUCUAAACACAAUCUACUCAAGACACAGACACGCACACAGACAGGAGAUACUGUUACUCAUCAACUACCAAGUGACAAACAAGAGACAAGUCCAGAAAUCCUGACAGUUUCCCAACAUAAGCAUACAAACAGCCAUCUUCAUAAUCCUCUUACAGUAGAUAUUUCUGACUUAUUCUCAUCAUCUUCAGGUCCAUUAACAUUAUCUUCGCUUAUCAUCAGUUAUUUAUCUUCGUCUCUAGAAAAUAAAACUGAAAAUAAUCACUCAAACCUCCAUAAGCAACCCAGUCCACAAAAAAGCUCUCAACCUUUGCGUCAACAAAGUAAUGGAUUGCAGUUUCCAGUAACAUCCAGACCUGAGAUUCCUCUUGACAGUCCAACACUGGCAACACAGAUUCAGUACCCCAUAGUCCAUAUAAUCAAUCCUAAUCCUGACAGAACCCUUCCUCCUUUAUCAUUUAACAUCUCACAGCCUCCUACAAGUUAUGAUAAUAUGUCCGAGCACAAGCUGGUUCAAGAGGAGGGUACAUCUGAAAAGGGCGAUGACGAAUUUCUUAAUUUGAUGAAGCAAUCCCUUAAUUUAGUAAGUCCUAUAAUCCCUUGGAAGCAAUCAGACAACAAUAAGCCCUUCAGCAUUGCAGAAUACGUGGACAGAUGGGUUAGUUUAGCUUUUCCUGAGACAAACAUGGCCAAAAGCUAUUCUAGAGUACUCUCUGAAACUUCUGGCACAGCAUCUGACACAAGUAACAGAGACAAUCGUGCAAGAAUAACUUUUCACAACGCUAAGGAUGAUGGAUGGGUAAAAAUAAAUGAACAGCUUGGUUUACCAGGGUUACAAAUGCCUCUACAAGACUCCAUCGUGGUAUUUAAUGAUAAUCGGGACUUCACCCCUCAUUCUCAUGAAUCAUUAUAUAGACGUCCGCGGUAUACAAUAUCAGCGACUUCUAACACCGAACCAACAGCACUAUUACCACAAUAUGAAGAUUCUACCACUAAACCAGCAAAAGUAACAUCCAAGUUAAUUAUUCAUCAAAGAACUUCACCUCCACAAAUCUUUGAUCGUCUCAGUUUGUUAUUUGCAGAUGGAAGCACAACCCAGCCACCAAUCACAACUACAACACUGAAAGAAGACCUAUCUGCAGAGCAGUUACACAAUGCCCUCCUACUCUUGUCUCACCUGCAAGACAUCUUUAACAACCAGCAACAGGCAGAUGCCCCUCAACAGCUUUCAGCAUCACCAUCCUUGUUCCAGCAACCUUCGCAGCCAGGCAUCCAGGUAUCAGUUACCCACAAUACUCCAAAUGGAAACCAUAAUUCUGACUUUGAUGUACUGAGGCAGCCCCUUGGUCCUCCUCUACCAGUGGCCUAUCAACCAAAUGUUGGGUUUCAAGAUUACAGGCCUGGUUAUCAUCCUUCAUAUGGAACCAACCAAGGUUAUCCAGGAAACCCACCAGUAGCAAAUCAGUUUUUCAACAACCCAUACCCACAAUAUCCUUAUCCUUACCCAUACCACAUUCCUCAAUUUCUAUGCCAGGGAGGUGGAGCAUCAACAAGUACAUCUACAGGACCAGGAAGUGCCUCUGCAGCUGCAGCUGCAGGAGGUGGAUGCGGCGGAGGCUCCACUUCCACUUCUACGUCAGUAGGACAGAGUGCUGGUGCAGCACCAGGAACAGUAUCCGUUGGCACCAAUACUCAGGGGUCAGAUCGGGUGACUCUGUCGCCUAGUCCAGGUUCAGGCCAGGCUUCAGUUGUACGUCCUCCAGCAAUACCAGAGAGGGAUUUUUCCAGUGCAGAUUCUUCUUCAACCACACGUUCUCCCCCUUUCAACAUAAGGUUUGGGAGUCGCUCAACCACCACAACCCCUGUCCCCCAAAUUGAAAAAGAUAACUAUGUCAGGGUAUUAACAGCACUUAAUACACUCAUGCAGUACCUCAAUGCUACAAGACAGCAACAGCAGCCACAACAGCAACAACAACAAGUACAAGGCAUUAAUUCAUUUGCAUCAAUGAGGAGGACAUCUGUGCCGCUGUCAAAUCCUGCAUCAAAAUUUGUGUUACACCCAUUACGCCGACCCCAACCUCAACCGACAAGACGACCAAUACCUAGACCUUUUCUUGAUUACUUAAGCACUGUGUUAGAUAAUGCAGUUUCAAACCCACCUAGCCUACCUGCACAAGUUAUACAACUACCAAGUCAAGACUAUCAAGGCCACAUCGGGCAAGGUCACCAUGGACAACUAGCAGCUGUUGAGACUUGCAUGUCCUGUAAAUGACCUUUGUGUUUCAUCUCCACAGGUGACUGGUUACAGAGCAGUGGAGACAAUGACACAAAAUCAUCCUUAACAAGCAGCUGGAAGAGACUAGCACCGUCUGAUUCCUGUUCUUCCUUUUCAGUAACAACAACGGCUCCCAAUUCGUUCAGCGUCAGUGUUGAUUUAUAUGUCCCUAUAUUAUCCGAGCUCCUACGACGUACAACCACAACUACUCCGUCUCCUCCUUUUGCCAUACCUAAACCACUGCCAAUAAGCAGGCCCCAG